CCACUCCACUGUGUCUUCAACGACACGCGCCUCGACACGCUACUUGAGGAGUUCAAGAAGGGAAAGUCCCACCUGGCCAUCGUGCAGCGGGUGAACAACGAAGGGGAAGGAGAUCCAUUCUACGAGGUGAUGGGCAUUGUCACCCUGGAGGAUGUCAUUGAGGAGAUCAUCAAGUCCGAGAUCCUGGAUGAGACGGAUCUGUACACGGACAAUCGGAAGAAGGAGCGUGUGCCCCAUCGGGGACGCAAGCCCCAGGACUUCUCCAUCUUCAGGCUCUCGGACAGCGAGAUGAAGGUGAAGAUCUCCCCGCAGCUCCUCCUGGCCACCCAUCGGUUCAUGGCAACAGAAGUGGAGCCUUUCAAGUCCCCCUACCUCUCUGAGAAGAUCCUGCUGCGGCUCCUCAAACACCCUAACGUCAUCCAGGAGCUCAAGUACGACCGCAAGAACAAGAAGGCAGCAGAACAUUACCUCUACCAGCGCAACCGCCCUGUUGACUACUUUGUCCUCAUCCUGCAGGGGAAAGUGGAGGUGGAGAUUGGCAAGGAAGGGCUGAGGUUUGAGAACGGGGCAUUCACAUACUACGGUGUCCCUGCCAUCAUGGCUGUUGUCUCCUCAGAUAACGAUGUGCGAAAAGUGGGCAGCCUGGCUGGAUCCUCCUUCCUAUUGAACAGGUCACCAUCACGGUGCAGCGGGCUCAACCGCUCCGAGUCCCCCAACUGGGAGCACAAUGACUAUGGGGGCAGCAACACACAGCUCCACAGCAGCAGCAACAAUAUCUACACACCCGACUACUCUGUGCACAUCCUCUGCGAUGUGCAGUUUGUCAAGGUCACCCGGCAGCAGUACCACAAUGCGCUGGUGGCCAGCCGCAUGGACAGCUCACCCCAGUCCCCUGACAUGGAGGCCUUCGACAGGGAUUCAACCAAGGCAUCGACCCUGCGGGGAACCCCACAGACACCCAAGGAGGACCCCACCACCCUCCUGAAUGAGAAGAACAGCGUCACGUGCAACCGCUCUGAAGGACUGCACAGUCCCAGCGAGUCGGUGUUCCUGCGCAUGGAGAGCAUCCCCUUCAUCCAGGAGGAGACGGCUGACAAUGAGGAGAACAGCAAGCAUCAGAGUGAGUCUGGCUGGGGGACAUGCACACAGCACCCUGGGGGUGAGGUGGAGACCAGCUCAACACCAAGCAGCAAUGAGGAGACACUGGGCAGGAGGCUGCUGAGAUCCCUGAGUGGGCGCAAGCAGCGGCCGUCGCUGGAGGAUGAGAAGUUGCCAGAGGAGAGCUCCAAUCUUGACCCAUUAAUCACCUGA